AUACAAAUCAUUAAGCCAAUAUUUAUUGAACAUUCAUGAGAUAAAUAGCACAGUACCAUGUAAAUGAAGCAUUUACCAAAUGAGUAUUACCAGUCUAUUACAUUGAACUUCGUUCAUAUGAAUAUUCAUUCAUAGCACAAACGAUUUACUGACAAAUGUUUAACACACUGGUAUUUAUAUUAUUUAUAAUUUUUUCUCUGUGCUGUAGGUUACCAGUAAAUUUUUUGAAAACAUCCUUUAAUAAAAAUUCGUUUUAUUCUUGUUUUGUUUUUUUACAGGGUGUUCAUAAGAAUGGAGGCACUGUUUCCUUACCAGAUUCCUUAUUGUUGUAUCUCAUGAACCGACAUAAUCUUGGGGAAGAGCCUGUAUUUAAUGAUGACAAACCUGUCACCAGUGUAGCAACAACAGUCUAAGGACAAAAACAAAUAAAAAUAAAGAAGCAUUUAAAUUUAUACUCAACAAACAAGUCAUUUCAACCAGCAGCUUCAGCUGCGUUAUUUUUCCAAGAUGAAUCGGUACACAACCAUGAGACAGCUGGGUGAUGGCACCUAUGGGAGUGUGCUGAUGGGCAAGAGUAACGAGUCUGGGGAGCUGGUGGCCAUCAAAAGGAUGAAGAGAAAGUUCUACUCGUGGGAUGAAUGUAUGAACUUGAGAGAAGUUAAGUCUCUGAAGAAACUUAAUCAUGCCAAUGUGAUUAAGCUAAAAGAAGUUAUCAGAGAAAAUGACCAUCUUUAUUUUAUAUUUGAAUAUAUGAAAGAAAACCUCUAUCAAUUAAUGAAAGACAGAAACAAGUUGUUCCCUGAGUCAGUCAUCAGAAAUAUUAUGUAUCAAAUAUUGCAAGGGCUGGCAUUUAUCCACAAACAUGGUUUUUUUCAUAGGGAUAUGAAACCAGAAAACUUGCUUUGUAUGGGUCCAGAACUUGUCAAAAUUGCUGAUUUUGGACUUGCGAGAGAAUUAAGGUCACAGCCACCAUAUACUGAUUAUGUAUCUACCAGAUGGUAUCGUGCUCCUGAAGUUUUAUUGAGAUCCUCAGUUUAUAGCUCUCCCAUUGAUGUGUGGGCUGUUGGGAGUAUAAUGGCUGAACUAUAUACAUUAAGACCACUUUUCCCAGGGACAAGUGAGGUCGAUGAAAUCUUUAAGAUUUGCCAAGUUUUAGGGACUCCCAAAAAAAGUGACUGGCCAGAAGGGUACCAGCUUGCAUCAUCUAUGAAUUUCCGCUUUCCCCAGUGUGUUCCUAUAAACUUAAAAACCCUUAUUCCCAAUGCCAGUAAUGAAGCUAUUCAGCUUAUGACUGAAAUGCUGAAUUGGGAUCCAAAGAAACGCCCAACAGCAAGCCAGGCAUUGAAACACCCGUAUUUUCAAGUUGGUCAAGUAUUAGGCCCUUCCUCACAUCAUCUGGAAUCGAAACCGUCUUUAACUAAGCAGGUGCGACCCCUAGACUUGAAGCCGUCUUUAGUUGAUCUAGAACCUAAGCCUCUGCCAGACAUAAAUGAUCAGACUGUCGGACAGCCCCAGCCGAAAAACAGCCACCAGCCACUGCAGUGUAUCCAGCCGCCGCAGAACGUAAGCCCCCAGCCAGCGCCAAAGCAGCAGAGUCAACAGAAGCAGCCGCAGGCACUAUUUCCAAGUAUCGUCAAAAACGUGCCAGCCAAGCCAAAUGGCACACUGGGUCAUAAAACUGCUAGGAGGCGUUGGGGUCAGACUGUGUUCAAGUCUGGAGAAGGUUGGGAAGAGUUUGAAGACUGUGACUUUGGAGCUUCCCAUUCCAAGAAGCCAAGCAUGGGUGUUUUCAAAGAAAAGAGGAAAAAAGAUUCUCCAUUUCGGCUUCCAGAGUCAGUCCCCUCAGGCUCCAACCACUCACCAGGGGAAAACAAGAGCGUACCUGCUGCUAUUUCCCUAAAAUCUGAUUCUGAAUUGUCAACUGCUUCAACAGCUAAACAGUACUACUUGAAACAAUCAAGAUACCUUCCAGGUGUAAAUCCUAAGAACGUGUCCUUGGUAGCCAGUGGAAAGGAUAUAAACCAGUAUACGUGGAAUAAUCAGUUAUUUCCCAAGUCACUGGGACCCAUUGGGGCAGAACUUGCUUUCAAAAGGAGUAAUGCAGAAGAAAGUAUAAUUAAACCAAUUGAAAAACUAUCAUGCAAUGAAAGUUUGCCUGAAAAAUUAGAGGACCCACAAGGAAAUCUUGGAAACUAUGCUACUUACAAUCAGUCAGGAUAUAUUCCUUCCUUUCUCAAAAAAGAAGUGGGGUCAGCUGGCCAGAGGAUACACUUAGCACCUCUCGGUGCAACAGCCUCAGAAUACACCUGGAACACAAAAACUGGUCGGGGGCAGUUUUCAGGACCUACUUACAAUCCUACAGCCAAGAAUCUAAAUAUUGUGAACCGCGCACAGCCCGUUCCCUCGGUGCACGGGAGGACAGACUGGGUAGCCAAGUACGGAGGCCACCGGUAGGAGUCUGGUGUGAAGCCCCACAGCAUUGCUCCAUAGAGUCCGUGCAAGUCCCCUGACCCUGGGAAAUGUCUACAGAUGUCUAUUUCUACUGAGUUCUGGAAGAAAUAUGUGAUAGUGGGUACUUCGAAGAGCAAAAAUCAUCUCCUAUUUUAUUUCUUUCCUAGAAAUGAAAUGCAUUUUCUUAGCAUCAUUGCCCACAGUGCUAAUAUAUGGGUAGGACUUUAUAAAGUAUUGAAUAAACUAUUUGCCAAAGUAUCAAGUAUUUCAUCUACAAAUUAAUAAAUACUAAGUACGAAAAGAAGCUUUUGAAAAAAUGCCUCCAGAAAGUAAGUGUUUAGAGUGUUUUCGUUUUCAUUUGUUGUGUAUUUGCCUAAACUAUUUAAUAUUUCAUUGAUUGACCUCAGGUUUGUUUUGGUUUGGUUUUUUACAGCAAUUAGGUAGAUCUCUGCAGGCUGUCAGUUAUGGUUCUUGUUUGGCUAAGGCUCUACUCCGCCACUUUGGCAAUGGCAGAAAGUUGGUAAUUUAUCAUUUUUUUUCCUACUUUGUAAUUAUGAAAACAAUGGUAAUGCCAAUCUUGAGCAGGAUGUCUUUCUUAGAAAUAAAUUUUUCUUUAACAUAGAGAUUUCAAAAUUAUGCCACCUGAUUUUAGUGGAGAGUCUAUUGUUUGAUUUUGACCAAUACAACUGCUGUGAAUUCAUGGUGACUGUGAAACCCAAUGGCUUGAUGACUUCCAUUAACCAAGUCAAGGUUGUCUCAUCUUCACAUCGUUAAGAAACUUCUUGAAACUGUGAUGUGUGUUCAUCAGACUUUCAAAAUAUGCUGUUUCUCAUUCCUAGCAGACAUAAAGAUGGGGUGUGCCAGCUGGUUCCCCAAAGCACACUGUUGCUGCUGCAGAUCCCUGACUCAGCUCUGACCACGUUUGCUCAGGAGAGCAAAUGCAUUUAGUUGCUAUAGCAGUGAUUUCACUUACUACAUUUUUUUUCUUAUUUUUAUUUCUAAAUUUGUAUUUAAAAUAGACAUUUUAAACUUAGGACUACUCUAUUUAAACCUGCCAUUUUAUGGACCAGACAUUAGUACUGUAUAUUCUUUCUAAAGAAUAAUGUUAUCAACUGCAGAUAUUUUUAUGUAUUUUAUGACUUUGUAACAAAUGCUAAUGCAAUUGGUAUCAACUUGUGGACAUGAUCCAAAGGCACAUUAUAAAAUAAUAUGGUUAUUUUUGUACAGAAAUUCAGCGCACCUUGUUGAACAAUGUUAAAAUCUAAAGAGUAAUUUAUGUUGGUUACAUAUAUAUCUAUUAAU